AUUUCUUCCGUCGACUUCGUAACGCGUCACGUUAACCUCGGAACUUUCAAAACAUUUAGGUUAUCGUGACGCCGUAAAAUCGACACAAAUCCAUCCUACGUUCUCUCUCAUCGAUAUUCCCGGCCGCGAUAACGAUCGUCACCGUAUAUAAUAGAUCGCUUGGAGGUUAGAAAAUUUCCCUCCAAAAUCACCGAAAGAAGCCCGAGUACCGGGCGAGGAGUGGGGGAAAGAUGCGCAAAUCGUAUCUCCGUGCAAUCGUAAUUUCCGCAAAAAUUCAGCAGAGGUCUCCCCGAGCCAAUCAACGAUAAUUGCUCGCUUAUACGUCACGGGGGCCUGAUUUCCUGUCAAUCGUUUGUCGAAGGUCGCCCGCGGCGUGUCUCCGUAUCUCGGUCCAGCUUCGAUCGUCGUCGCGGUGAACGCGGUCAGCGUGAAGACUGCUUAAUAGCGAGGAACAUGUGCAACCAGGGAAUAGUGGCGGAGCCGAUGUUGCCGGGGCACGAGCUACACUGUGACCACUCUGUUCGCGACGAACCCUGACCGAUUCCACGCUCGUCUCCCCUCGUUCCCUGCAGCAGCUGAGCCUGGCCGGCGACACCGCGUAGGAGAAGGUGAAACGCGGCAACGGUGAAACCCCGGUGCUCGUCCGAAAAUUCCCUCGGACCCGUCGUCGUCGUGGGACACGCGCGGCAAAGUGUCGUUUCAAGUUAACGCGCACGGUGUAUAGAACGAGAGAGAGUAUCCCGAGGAGCGGUGUGUUCGCGAAAUUACAUGUUCCUCGUACAUUCGGUACGCUAUGAACAUCGACGUCCUCGGAUGUAACGGGUGGUUCGCAAGCAGACGUUCAGCGACGAACUAGAGGAGGAUGUUCGCCAGACUCUGCAGACAGGCUCCGAACGGAGACCUGAAGAGGCGACACUCCUGGAGCAGCGAGGCCGACCACCAUCCAGCGGAGACGGAAGCCGCGGCUACGCCGGGCGUGGAUCCCGUGGUCCCCUCCUCCGACGAAGAGGACAGAGUCUCGUACAAGGAACAUGGCUGUUCGAUGCAGACGGUGGACCUGGUGGCGGACUGUCCGCUGCAGGUAGUGACACCAUCCUCGAGGUCGCCGUCACCGCCGAGAUCGCCGACACCUGCGACGCCCCCAACGCCCCUCGCACUGCCGAGGAGCAUGGGGCAACGGCCAAGCACCCUCUUGCGCCCCAAGAUCUCUUUGACCUGGGUUUUACGCGGGCAACAGCAACCCGCCGGCAACAAUAAUCAUUCGAGUGGCAAUGGGAACGCAGGUAAAGGUGCCAACGGCGAUCGAGAGAGCCUGUCCCGAGACACUAAGGAAAGGUCCUCGAAGAGGAGCGUGAAGAGUGUGAAGGAGAAGGUCGCCGGCAAAGAGAACCUCGAAGGAGAGAAGAGGGAGAAGAAGAGCCUGCAGAGGGUGGAGAAGAUCGAGAAGGAGAAGGCGGAGGUUCAAGAGAAGACGAUCAGCAAAGAGGUCUUGCUUAACGAGAGCUCUCUAGACAGUCCUCUGGAAAAACAGUCCGAGAAGGAAUUCCCAGGACUGAAGGAGACCAAGGAGAAGGAGAAAGUGAAGAGAGCGGUGUCCGAGCCGUCCCUCGUGUCCCGCGAGUCGACGUCCACGCCGAGUGGCCGGGAAAAGCACAGACACAGACGAACGAAACGAUCCCACAAGCCUAGACCUCCUAGUAGAUUCGGUUACGAGAUUGCUGAUCUUGAUGCGUUCCUCACGAAGGCCUCCAUUGAGAAACCAGCGAAUAUUCCAGUGGUGUUGUCCUUUCCAUCGGUGCUGUACCAAACUCAGGGUGGUACUCAGGAUGAGAUGGCUCUUCCCCUUGGAACGGUGGUGAACGCAGUCUUCAAAAACCAAACCUGGUUGUACGUUCAAACCCCCCAUGGCCAGGAGGGCUACGUUGGCUAUGCUGCCUGCCUCCCUUUGGGAAUAUUGCCUCAGCCAACGAGAGGACCUUGCUGGGAGGACUCCACGGAUGUGUUUCCACGGCCUUUAGGUAAUAUGACUGACACGGAAAAGCUGAGGGACACUAGGUCCGAGUGCGGCGCCCGUGGCAGGAAUACCAGGGUGAGACGAGGCUCUAGGGACGCCGUGUCAGCUUGCGGGGAACGCAGCGUGGACAGAUUGUACCUCAGGGCUGCGGCGAAUGCUAGAACCAAAGGAUCGCGUCACACUUUAUUAAUUAUACGUAGCGACUACGAGGGUCGAGGUGGAAACGCGUUAAGCGUCUCCAAAGGAGACGUGGUUGCCCUCCUCAGCGACCACGUUAGCGAUUGGUUCUGGGUUCGAUCGCGGGACGGCAGAGAAGGCUUCAUACCUGCAGUUAUCGCUGGUCAUGGUUUCCUGUGAUCGCCCUGCACAACUGUGUCACCGUAGAUUUUAAAGAUAAUAUUAAUCCCAUCGGUUCGAACAUCGUAAAGGGUCAGCACUCCUUAUGCGAAGAGCCUGUAGUCACAUUUGUUUUAUAUGUUCAUUCGAACGCCCCGAGUUAUGUUUCCACGCUCACAGGUGCAGAAACGGACGCUUUUGCGCGGCUCCCGAAGGAUUGAGCGUUUUUAAUGCGAAGUAUAUCCUCACGUGAUAUCGACGAGUAACGACACUUGUAUAUUUUGUAAAAAGUCUUUUUAUAUCAUGUUUUAUAAAAUGCACAUUGUAUUAAUAUAUUUAUUAAAGAAUAUAUGUAUACGUAACGAACCCCCCCGCCCCAUUCCCGGCACUCCUGUUGAUCAAGAGGUAAUUUGGAUUUGAUCCGGUACAUGCUUUGCUACACAAACUUCAACAUUAGUUCACGAUAAUUAAAGUUCGUGCAUACGUCAAGAUUGUUCGAGGAACCGCCU